AUGGCCGUGGCCCUGGCCCGGGCGGCGGGGCGAGCAGAUGCGGUUGCGGCGCUGGCGCUGCUGUGGCUGCUGCUCUGCGCUCCAGGGGACGCCGGCUGUCACCCCCUGACCGUGGCCGAUCUCUUCGACCGGGUGAUCCGGCUCUCGGGCAGGAUCCACAGCCUCUCCACGGCGCUCUACGCCGAGCUGGAAAAACACUUUCCUCCCCGUGACAACGAGCUGGGAAGGCCCGCUCGGAAGUGCCACACGUCGGGGAUGCUGACCCCCAACGGCAAAGAAUACGCCCAAAAAAUCCCGAGAGAAGAACUAACUCACGUGAUACUGAAACUUCUGCAAGCCUGGAAAGAACCACUUUCCCACUUUAACCAGCAUAUUGAGCACUAUCAAGAGCUACCUGAUGACAGCCUUAGCAAAGCUAGGCAAAUCAGCAAUAUGGUACAUGAGCUGAAGACCGGAGUCGAGAAAGUAACAGAAAAGAUGCAGUCAAUGGGGAUCAUCAGCAAUUCAUUAAAUGGAAUGGCGUCACCUGAAGGAACUGGUUUAUCAAUUAGCAAUGAAGCAAACAUGAUGAGUGACUCUGAUUUCAUUCACUGUUUUAGGAGAGAUUCCAAUAAAGUACAAAGCUACUUAAAAAUUCUCAAAUGUAGGAUUAUGCCAGAAAAUAGUUGCUAA